AUGGCUUCAGUGUCGGCCUGGUUGCCCUUCGUACGAGCCACAGGAAUCGGGUGGGUGCCCAUAGCCAGGAAUCCCAUCCCACCCUCGCCUGUCCCCAAAGACAAACUCAAAGCUGAUUCGAAAGUGAAGAUAAACGUAAGUGGCCACGUCUUCGAGACAUGGAGGCACACAUUGGACAAGUUCCCUGAUACUCUGCUGGGCUCAGACGAGAAGGAGUUUUUUUAUGACGAAGUGACAGAUGAAUACUUCUUCGAUCGAGACCCAGAGACUUUCCGACACAUUUUGACCUACUAUAGAACUGGCAAACUUCACUACCCGCGCCACGAAUGUCUGACGUCAUUCGAGGGCGAGAUGUCCUUUUUUGGCAUUCAGAGUGACGUCAUAGGGGACUGCUGCUACGAGGACUACAGGGAUCGGAGGAGGGAGAACCAGGAAAGAUUAGCCGAUGAUCAGGUGGAGGAAACGGAAAAGCGCCACCCAUGUGAGACGGUGCGUGAGAAGAUGUGGAGGGCCUUCGAGAACCCGCAGACGAGCACCCCGGCCCUCGUAUUCUAUUACGUCACUGGCUUCUUCAUCGCCGUCUCUGUAAUCAGCAACGUCAUCGAGACGGUCCCGUGUUACCGGACGGAAACAGGAAGGACUCCUGCGUGUGGAGAGGUCUACGAGUUGGAACUUUUCUGUCUAGACACUGCCUGUGUCAUGCUCUUCACUGGGGAAUACCUACUCAGACUUUAUGCCGCACCUGAACGCGUUCGAUACAUGCGAAGCGUAAUGAGCGUUAUCGACGUGGUAGCCAUCCUGCCCUACUACAUCGGCCUCGGCAUUACCGACAACAAGGACCUCAGUGGCGCCUUCGUCACCCUCAGAGUAUUUAGGGUCUUCCGCAUCUUCAAAUUUUCAAGACACUCACAAGGCUUACGUAUAUUAGGUUACACGUUGAAAAGUUGUGCCAGCGAGCUCGGCUUCCUCCUCUUCUCACUCACCAUGGCCAUCAUCAUCUUUGCCACCGUCAUGUAUUACGCUGAGAAAAGCGUACCAAAGACACAUUUUACAAGCAUACCGGAAGCUUUCUGGUACACCAUCGUUACUAUGACUACCUUAGGAUACGGUGAUAUGGUACCCGCAACAAUAAUCGGCAAAGUAGUUGGAAGCGUUUGUUCGCUGAGUGGAGUACUGGUCAUAGCACUUCCCGUUCCAGUCAUUGUUUCAAACUUCAGUAGAAUCUACCAUCAAAAUCAGAGGUCUGACAAACGAAAAGCACAAAAGAAAUCUCGCCUGGCCCGCAUCCACAUGGCAAAGAGCGCCUACUGCAACGCAUUCCUCAACAACAAGCGCAAGAUAGAGAAAAAACUUCUGGCCAUUGAAAAGGCCGGAAGUCAAGAUGAGAUGAACCUAAAGGACGAUGAACUAUUUCAAUUGCAGCACCACCAUAUACUCACCUGUCUCGAGCGAGCUACAGUUAGUAGUGAUGUUAUUGCCGAUGGUGAUGUUGAUGUGAUGAUGGCGUUGAUGUUGUUGUUGUAA